UAUACUAUCCUGUUUUGGUUAGCGAAAAUUCCAAGUCUGUAUGCAAAGGUAGAAGGAGAGGAAUUAAAAAAGAAAGAAGAAGAAGGAAAAGAGGGAAUGGCGAGAGUACGAGACAGAGAGCGAAAGUGACGGUGUGAUUAGCAAGUAAAGACAUGGAUGGUGUUAGGAACUGAUAAAGCUACCACUCUGGCUUAGUUAGCUAAGUUUGGUUUUGGUUUUGGAUGAGAAGAAAAGUGGAGGAAUCGACACGAGUGAGUGAGAACAAGACAGUGCACUUGUCAUCAGUCAACAUACACGCAUGCAUUCAUUCAGCUGCCACCGUUCUCGUUGUGUUUCCGUGUUCCUUGGUGCUUAUAUUUUAUCAAAUUGCACAAGCAUAAUAUCUCCUUUUGCACAAAAUAUAGUAAGUGUUCUGGCGGUCUGGUUUUACACAUUAAUGAAGUUAUGAGGACUGAAUAAAAGAUUCAAUUUUCUAUGACGUCGAUCAAAUCAUUGAGAUGGCUGAUGAGAAAAAAGAGUGGAUUGUCUGAUGGGGGUAAAUCAAGUUUCAAGAUGAAACAGCUGCCUUUUCUGGCAGUUUUGUGCACAAUAAUGUUAUUCAUUGUGUAUAGAACUACAAAGUAUCAGUAUCACCAAGAAGAGAUUGACAAAAAAUGGAGUUUCUGGGGACAACCAAAGGUGUAUCCUUCAACUUCUGGGAAGUUGAAAGGCUUGCCACGAGGUAUAAUACAUGAUAAUUCUGAUUUGGAGUUAAGACCAUUAUGGUCGAGAAGUAAUUCAAGAUCAAAGGCUGUUUACUCUAACUCUAACUUACUGGCAGUUCCAGUUGGUAUUAAACAAAAGCAGAAUGUUGAUGCUAUGGUGCAAAAGUUUCUUCGAGAAAACUUCACAAUUAUUUUAUUCCAUUAUGAUGGCAAUGUGGAUGGAUGGUGGAAUCUUGACUGGAGUAGCAAGGCCAUACAUAUUGUUGCUCGGAAUCAAACAAAGUGGUGGUUUGCAAAAAGGUUUCUACAUCCAGAUAUUGUCUCUAUUUAUGAUUAUAUCUUUCUCUGGGACGAGGAUCUAGGUGUGGAGCAUUUUUCACCUUCAAGAUAUGUUGAAAUUAUAAAGAGAGAAGGUUUGGAGAUAUCUCAACCAGCUCUUGACCCAAAUUCAACGGAGAUACAUCAUAAAAUUACAAUUAGAGCUAGAACCAAGAAAUUUCAUAGAAGAGUCUAUGAACGCAGAGGCAGUACAAGGUGUUCAGAUUUAAGUGAGGGACCACCAUGCACUGGGUUUGUGGAAGGUAUGGCUCCGGUUUUCUCUCGAUCUGCCUGGUACUGUACUUGGCAUCUUAUACAGAAUGACCUUGUCCAUGGAUGGGGAGUGGAUAUGAAGCUAGGAUAUUGUGCACAGGGAGAUCGAACUAAAAAGGUGGGAGUUGUUGACAGCGAAUAUGUUUUUCACCAGGGAAUACAAACUCUGGGGGGGAGUGGUCACAGAAUGACAAAGGUUUCAAAGCCACAAAGAACAACUAUGCAGAAACAAGGUGGAGUAGGAAUUGAUGUGCGAACUGAGAUAAGAAGGCAAUCAACAUGGGAAUUUGAAAUCUUCAAAGAGCGGUGGAAUGAAGCCAUUGCUGCAGACAAAAACUGGGUUGAUCCCUUUAAGAGUGACCAAAGACGCAUAAGAAAACGGCGUGACACCCAACGCCUUCCUAAGAACAAUAUUUAACUUUGUUGCAUAUCUUAAAGUUUCAUUCACAGGGCAUUACCUUUAUUUAUAGGCAUAUUUUAGUUUGUGUAGAUGAGUAAAUUCAUUCAAUUUUGAGAAAAGAAAAGAGAUAUUUUUCUUUGUAUUCU